AUGCACUCGAAUUUUUUACGUCACUCGCUUCGCUCGACCAUAAGGGAAUGGUGAAAUGUACUACAAUGUUCCUAAACCGGGGAAAGAUCCUAGACUUACUACAACGAACAAAUGAGGGUUUUUGGGAAUUCAAAUAUACAGUAUCACCUGUUAAGAGGGAGUGUCUACAACCAUUAGACAGUUUGAAGAAAGUUUUCCAUAUCUACGUCACAAUUUAUAUGCUUGCAUUAACUAGUUUUGUUCUUUUUCCGGUAUUUAGCAAAGGUGAAGAGCUAAUUUACGAAAGCUACCGACCUCCAUGGUUGCCAUACUACGCCAUACUCCUGCUGGAGCAAGUUACUGGAAUAAUGUGCACACUCUUCACGAUGUUACCGGUAGACUUCAUGUUCAUGUCCCUUAUCAACCUCACAUUGGUGCAGUACAAAUUGUUAAAUUUGGAGUUGAGGCAACUGUUUGAUGCUAAAGGCAAGAUGACUAGUGAGGUGCUGAACAGGAAGAUCGGGGAGUGUGUCAGGCAUCAUGCUUUUUUAUACGACUACAUAAAGAGGUUAAACAACACGUUUUCUCCAUCGAUGCUUAUAUUUCACGUCAUUGUACUUUUAUCGAUGUGCAUGGAGAUGUAUCGAGCUUCUACUCAACUUGAUUUGUUAGCCUGCCUGAGGCCAAUGUUGUAUUCGGCGUUUGGUUUAUUCCAGUUUUUCAUAUGUUAUUGUGCCUAUUCACAAGCUUUGAUCAAUGAGGCGAACGAUGUCUCAAUCAACAUAUAUUUGAGUGAAUGGCACGAGUCACCGAAAUAUGCGAAAUCAAUAAUGAUGAUGAUUGGAAUGGCACAGAGAGAGAUAAAAAUAACGGCCGGUGGUAUUGCUAAUAUUGACUUCAAAACAGGCCUGGAUGUUUUCAGCAAAGACGAAGAAUUAGUCUACCAAAGCUACAGACCACCAUGGUUACCCUAUCCCAUUCUACUCUUCCAACAGAUAAUUGUUGGUUCUUUAUGUACACUUGGCGCUAUGCUACCGGUAGACUUUCUAUUCAUGUCUAUCGUCACUCUCACGACGGUCCAGUACAAGAUAUUGAAUGUCGAGCUGAGGCAACUUUUCGACAUUGAAGAUACGGCGCAACGAAAGCAAUUAUUGAAGAAGAAAAUUGGGGAGUAUGUAAGGCAUCAUGCUUAUUUAUAUGACUACGUAAAGAGGAUAAAUAACACAUUUUCUCCAUCGUUGUUAGUAUUUCUAGUGAUUGUGCUUUUAUCGAUGUGUAUGGAGAUGUACAGAACUUCUACGCAGUCCAAUUUGUCUGUUUGCAUAAGACCUUUAUUAUACACAUCGUUUGGGCUAUUUCAAUUCUUCAUCUGCUAUUGCGCCUACUCACAAGCUUUGAUCAACGAGGCUAAUAAUGUCUACAUGAAUAUAUAUUUGAGUGAAUGGCAGGAGUCAAUCAGACCUGCUAAAUCUGCAAUAAUGAUUAUAGCAAUGGCUCAGAAGGAGAUAGAAAUAACGGCUGGUGGUAUUGCUAACAUUGAUCUUAAAACAGGACUUGCUACUUUGAAAACAAUGAUAUCUUACUGUAUGUUUCUAAGAACAAUUGCACAAAUUGAUAACACGUAGUCAAGAAGAAACAGAGAGGCGUAAUAGAUUAUAAAAUAUCUCGUUCUGAUUGUAGUUGUAGCAAUUUAGGUUUACAAUAUUUCAAAUAAAACGUC